AUUCUAAAUUACGCUGGUGUGCCCUCACGCUCAGUUGGCCUUAUCCGUAUCUCUUUGUUUGGGUGAUAGGAUACAACACCUUCUUCUUAGCUUAGCAAUGGCAUCGUCUUCGCUCACUUCAGUUCCUCUCUCAUCUUCUUCACUCAACAUUCCACAUUCUUCCUCCAAAGCUUCCGCUAGCUUUGUAUCUUCUCCAAUUGGCGCAUUCUCUCGCACCCCCAAAACCCUGUUUGCCGAAUCAAGGUUCCACUUUCACCCGAAGAGAAACGAUUAUGGGUUUUCCAUCAGAGCCCAGACCCUAGACUUCUCGGAUUCAUUCUUCGAAGGGGGUUUCGGCUCUGAAGACGACCCUUCUUCUCCCGGCGGACCCGGCUUCACGGCCGUGGAGGAAAAGGAGGAACCCCAAUGCCCACCGGGUCUCAGACAGUACGAGACUAUGAUGGUUUUGAGGCCCGACAUGUCCGAGGAUGAACGACUUGCACUCACCCAGAAGUACGAGGAGGUGCUUGUUGCUGGAGGUGGCAUGUAUGUGGAGGUUUUUAACAGAGGAGUUAUUCCACUAGCAUAUAGCAUCAAGAAAAAAAACAAAGCAGGGGAAACCAACACUUAUUUGGAUGGCAUCUACCUCCUGUUCACCUACUUCACCAAGCCUGAAUCAAUAACCCCUCUUGAGGAGACAAUGCUAACGGAUGAUAAUGUUAUCCGAUCAAUGAGUUCCAAAAUUAGGAAGAGGAAAUAUUAGUUUUUCUUUUUAAGUCUCGAGUAACUCCUUGAAGGAGAUGCUUAUAGAGUAUCAUUUGUUAUUAUGUAUUUUUUCCCCGUUUCAUUUGGAUUCAAGGAUUUUUGUAGCAUGAUUGAAUUUAAUUAAAAGAGAGAUGUAGGUGCUAUCACUUGCAGUCUGCAGAGUUGCCAUGCCCUGUGCAGUGUUGGCAAUCAAGUUGUAAAUUUUUCAUACCACUUUUUUUUUGGUGAAUUAAUUUUUUCAUA